AUGGGAUUAGGAAUUGGGAUUUUUGGUGGUGGGUGGGAGACGCCACACAAAAACCGCCGCGAACCCAUAUCUGAACCGCCGCUCAUUUCCCGCCAUGCAAAUGUGCCUCCCAGCCCGCUCUCCCGGUUGGGUUUCCCGACGCCGACUCCUCGACCAAAACCUCUCCGACCUCCACCGCUGCACAAACUCGCCCACAUCAAACAAAUCCACGCCCAAAUCCUCAAAGCCCAUCUCCACCAAGACCCCCACACCGCCCCAGAGCUCAUCGCUGGGGAGGUGAGUGAUGCACGGGAGCUGUUCGGUGAAAUGCCUGAGAGAGACGCGGUGAGCUGGAACUCGAUGCUGGAUGGGUACGCGAGGGCGGGGUAGAUGGAGGAAGCGUUUGAGCUGUUUGAGAGGAUGCCCCAGAGGAAUGUGGUGUCGUGGUCGACUAUGGUGUUGGUGUAUGCAAAGUUGGGGGACAUGGGGAUGGCGAGGAUGAUGUUUGAUAGAAUGCCGUUUAAGAAUUUGGUUCCGUGGACGAUUAUUAUUUCGGGGUAUGCGCAGAAGGGGGAGGCGAUUAUGUUGUAUGAUGAGAUGGAGAGAGAUGGAUUGAAGCUGGAUAAUGGGGCUGUUAUUAGUAUAUUGGCUGCUUGUGCCGAGUCUGGUUUGAUUGCGUUGGGGAAGAAAGUUCAUGAGUCUAUUGAGAGGAAUAGGUUUAAGUGUAGUACUCCCGUUUUAAAUAUGUAUGCGAAAUGUGGUGGCUUGGAGGAGGCGUAUAGAGUGUUUGAUGGGAUAUCAAAGAAAGAUUUGGUGUCUUGGAAUUCUAUGCUCCAAGGGUUAGGCAUGCAUGGACAUGGUGAGAAAGCCCUUCAUCUGUUCUCUAGAAUGGAGAAGGAUGGGUUUAGGCCGGAUAAAGUCACCUUCAUUGGCGUGUUAUGUGCCUGCACGCAUUCAGGCUUUGGGGAGGAGGGGCUUGAUGCUUUCCAUACGAUGGAAACAAAAUAUGGGAUUGUACCCGAAGUUGAGCAUUAUGGUUGCAUGAUUGACCUUUUGGGUCGGGGAGGCCGUCUCAGGGAAGCUUUUAGGCUUGUGCAAAGCAUGCCGAUGGAACCAAAUGCUGUUAUAUGGGGUACACUUUUGGGAUCGUGCCGGAUGCAUAAUGAUCUUGAACUAGCAGAGAAGGCCCUGGAUCAGCUGGUUAAGUUAGAACCAUCAGAUCCAGGAAUUUUUUCCAUUAUGUCAAAUAUGUAUGCUGCGGCUGGUGAUUGGGAAAACAUGGCCAAUAUCAGGCUACAAAUGAGGAGCACAGGAAUGCAGAAAACUUCAGGGGCUAGUUCCAUCGAGGUGGAUGAUGAGGUACAUGAGUUUACAGUAUUUGAUAGAGUUCAUCCUAGAUCAAGCGACAUAUAUGGGAUGAUUAACAGACCUGAAGCCAGCGGACACAUCCUCAACAAGUAUUAGUGUAUUACCAUUAGAGUAGGUGCACUCAACAAACACUUCUGCAAGCCUCUUACAUUGGCGAAAAAGAGAAACUUCUCACCAAUAUAGUACUUUAUGGGAAACAAGAGCUGCACAAAUGCCUGGGCAUGAGGAUCACGGGUCAUCACCCAGAAAAAAGGACUAGGUCUUUGUUCUCUUGUGCCAAGUGUAAUGACAUAUCCACUGGCCCAUACUUUGGAAGCUAAAAGAGACCUCCAACAUGGAUUGGGAUGGGAUAUGAAUAAUGGGAUUGGAUCAAACACAACUCAUGUGGUGCACAUUUGCCUAACAUAUUGUAUAUAUCAGAAUCAUUUUGCUCUUUAUUCCUUGCCAGCUUUGAACCUUUGAUCACCCAUCAAAACUCAGAAGAGCGAAGAAAGUAGAGCAGAAAAGAACUAGACAUGGAAGCUUGUUUCCUUGCCUCAAACUCCUUCACCAAAACCUUGGAGUCUGCUACUUUCCCCAAGAGAAAUUCUACUCAAUUUCAAAGCAAAAAAGUUGGCAUUUCAUCUUCGAUGGCAUGUUUCCGAAUGGAGUCAUCUUCACCGUCCGGUGAUGACCACAAACCUUCCAACGACACCGAUUGACGAUCAUUUAGAGCAAAACUAGUAGCUGCAGAGAAAGUAGCACUCCCCAAAUUGCCUACUUCCUCAGUUGCUGAUCUAGAUACAGUGGUGGAUCAACCACAGUCCAUCACUGUUGGUGACAGGUGGGCCGACACUAUCAACGAGCCCGAAAGAGGCUGCCUACUCCUGGCCACCGAAAAGCUCGACGGGGUCCAUAUUUUCGAACGGACAGUUAUCUUGGUUAUGUCCACUGGGCCUUUGGGCCCGUCCGGCAUUAUACUGAACCGACCCUCACUAAUGUCGAUCAAGGAGACAAGAUCGACGGCGUUAGAUGUUGCCGGGACAUUCUCUGAUAGGCCGCUGUUCUUUGGUGGGCCUUUGGAGGAAGGGUUGUUCUUGGUUAGGCCCAAGAAGGGUGGUGAUAGAGUUGGGAAAAGUGGUGUUUUUGAUGAGGUGAUGAAGGGAUUGUAUUAUGGCACAAAGGAAAGUGUGGGUUGUGCAGCUGAAAUGGUGGAGAGGAAUAUGGUAGGGCUUGGGGACUUUAGGUUCUUUGAUGGAUAUUGUGGGUGGGAAAAGGAGCAAUUGAAGCAUGAGAUAAGUGCUGGGUAUUGGACUGUGGCAGCUUGUAGCCCAAGUGUAAUUGACUUUACUCAUGUGGGAAGUGAUGGGCUUUGGGAGAAGGUUCUUGGGAUUAUGGGCCGUAGAAAGGUCCGCUGAAAUCGUUAAUCGUUAUCUAAUGUAACUUAUGUUAAUCGGUUAAACUGUAUGUACACGUACAAAUUCCAUUCUUCUCAUUUGUGAAAGGUUUGUCUUAAAA